AUGUCGGCUUGUGGUAGAGGUGGCCACUUUAUGGUGGCCGGCUAUGAAGGUUUUCUUAUUGUGGAACUAAGAGAACGGAUUCAACCCUACUUUUUGCGUCGUCUAAAAGCUGAGGUGUUUUGUGAAGAUGCUGCAGGGGAAGCUAAACUUUCCAAAAAGAAUGAAAUCAUUGUGUGGCUAAGAUUAACAAGUUGUCAGCGACACCUAUAUGAAGCUUUCCUUAACAGUGAGCUCGUUCUUUCUGCAUUUGAUGGCUCACCACUUGCUGCACUUACGAUUCUGAAGAAAAUAUGUGAUCACCCACUACUCUUAACAAAAAGAGCAGCUGAAGAUUUACUAGAUGGGAUGGAUUCUGUUGACUCAAUGCUAAAUCCAGAAGAAGUUGGUUUGGCGGAAAAACUGGCAAUGCACAUAGCUGAUGUAACUGGAUCAGAAGAUUUUCAGGAGAAGCACGAUAGCAUCUCAUGCAAAAUAUCUUUCAUAUCAUCACUAUUGGAUAAUUUAAUUCCACAAGGACAUCACGUUCUUAUAUUUUCACAAACUCGUAAAAUGCUUAAUCUCAUUCAGGAUUCUCUAGCAUCAAAUGGCUACAAGUUCUUGCGCAUUGAUGGUACCACAAAUGCCAGAGACAGAGUGAAGAUUGUAAAUGAAUUCCAAGAUGGUAAUGGGGCUCCUAUAUUUCUCUUGACAUCUCAAGUUGGUGGCCUUGGCCUCACACUCACAAAAGCUGAUCGAGUGAUUGUGGUAGAUCCUGCUUGGAAUCCAAGUACGGAUAACCAGAGUGUUGAUAGGGCCUAUAGAAUUGGCCAGAAGAAGGAUGUAAUUGUCUACAGAUUAAUGACAUGUGGGACUGUUGAAGAGAAGAUCUACAGAAAACAGAUAUUCAAGGGCGGACUUUUUAGAACUGCAACUGAGCACAAAGAACAGAUCCGUUACUUCAGUCAACAGGACCUACGGGAGCUUUUCAGUCUGCCAAAACAUGGCUUCGAUGUUUCACCCACACAGCAGCAAUUACAUGAGGAGCAUGAUUCCCAGCAUAAAAUGGAUGAGGCUCUGGAAGCCCACAUAAGGUUUCUGGAAACUCAAGGGAUAGCAGGAGUUAGUCACCACAGUUUACUCUUCUCAAAGACUUCCCCUGUAGAAGCUGUACAGGAGGUAGAUACAAGGAUGAAAAGGACUACAUUCGUGGGGCAUUCCUCAACAAGUCAUCCAGUUGAACAUAAAAUUGAUGGUGCUCAAUAUGCUUUCCACCCAAAGGACGUAAAAUUGAUCAUGAAAAGUUCUUCACCAGAUAAUGGUGAUAAAUUGACAGAGAGUGAAAUUAAAGAGAAAAUAUGUCGCUUGUCACAAACGUUAGAAAACAAGAUCACUGUUUCGAGAUUGCCGGAUAAGGGAGCAAAAUUACAGAAGCAGAUGGCAGAAUUAAAUUUAGAGCUUAAAAGGAUCAGGACACCAGUAAUCAAUCUGGAGGACUUAAGCAAAGAUCUUCAAACAGUGUUGAAUAUAUAAUCAUAUAGCUCGAUGAACAUUUUUAAAUUUUUUUCGUUAAAAAUUCUUGUAUAGCGGUUACACAUGAUGAUAGUAGCCUGCUUUAUAUUGAAUGUUUACUUGAAGGCAAUGAUGGUUGCCCUAAUUGGAAAAUACGUAAGUCUUACUUUUAUAAUAGAGCAACUUCUAACCAACCUGUAAUUUUAUGAUGAAAGCCAACAAUUUGCUCUGGCUUGUAAUCUUAAGCCAACAAUUUUUCUAAGCAA